AUGAAGGCUUUGUUCUUGCUGAUUCUAUCAGAAUUUAUUACCAUAUUUGCUAGAAAAUUCAGCAUAUCAGGCUUUGAUUCUGGUGCAUGAGCAGCAGUUCAACUGCAAUUAGCUUAUUCUAAAGAUAUCAUUGGCGUAGGGAUUAUAGGAGGUGGUAUAUAUGGCUGCUCAAUAGGGUCAUCCAGCAAAGUCCAUGAAUGCUCUCAAAAGCCAUGAAUAACCAUUCCUUCUACUUAUUAUAGCCUCACAAAAUCCUAUCAGGAACUUGGCUAUAUCGAUAACUUGAAAUUUGCUGCAAAUCACAAAAUAUGAUUAUUUUCUGGCCAGCUUGAUAUUGAUGUUUAUCAUAAAGCAAUGGAAAAUUUAUUGACUUACUAUGAGUAUUUCGUUGAUCCCAAAAAUAUUAAAUCAGUAUUUUACGUUCAUGCAGGCCAUGGAAUACCUGUAAUUGAUACUGAAAUCCCAUGCGCCUAUUCAGGAUUUCCUUAUAUAAUUUCUUGUGGAAUGGAUUCUGCUGGGCAAAUUUUAAGACAUAUUUAUGGCCACUUAAAACCAAAGCUUCCCAUGAAUUUUAAAAACCUUUAUAAAUUUGACCAAACUUUGUUUUUUAAUCAAGAAGGAAAAGAUAUAUCAAGUUUGGCUGAAAUAGGCUAUAUUUAUAUAACAGACUACUGCAUGAAUAAUGAAUGCAAAAUUCAUGUAAUGCUGCAUGGCUGUAAUCAAAACUAUGAAGCUACCAAUGGGGACUCCUUAUUAAAAACAGGGUAUCUAGAAUGAGCAGAAGGUAAUAAUAUUGUUGUGAUUUUCCCACAAGUCUCGCAAAGUAAAAAUAACUUAAAUGCGUGCUGAGACUGGUGAGGAUAUACUGGAGCUAACUAUCUUGCAAAAGAUGGGAUCCAGAUGAAAGUAAUUUAUGAUAUGGUGCAAAAACUUCCAAAAGUGUCAAGCAGCUCAAUUCAAUUAAUUGCUAUAUUUCAGAUCUUUCUUAUAUUUUUACUGUAA